GAGAUUAUUCUGGCAUGGCUUUUCUUGGACUCUUCUCUUUGCUGGUUCUGCAAAGUUUGGCCUUAGGGACCACUUUCACUGAUGAAACCAUUGCUGAGUUGUCAGUGAAUAUGUAUAACCAUCUUCGAGCCACUGGGGAGGAUGAAAAUAUUCUCUUCUCUCCAUUGAGUGUCACCCUUGCAAUGGGAAUGUUGGAACUUGGAGCCCAAGGGUCUACCCUGAAAGAAAUCCGUCACUCAAUGGGAUAUGACAGCCUGAGAAAUGGUGAAGAAUUUUCCUUCUUGAAGGAUCUUUCUCACAUGGUAACUGCUGAAGACAGCCAGUAUGUGAUGAAAAUUGCCAAUUCCCUCUUUGUGCAAAAUGGAUUUCAUAUCAGUGAAGAGUUUUUGCAACUGAUAAAAAAGUAUUUUAAUGCAGAAAUCAAUCACGUGGACUUCAGUCAAAAUGUAGCUGUGGCCAACUAUAUCAAUAAGUGGGUAGAGAAUAACACAAACAGUCUGUUGAAAGAUUUGGUAUCCCCAAGGGAUUUUGACGCUGUCACUCAUCUGGCUCUCAUCAAUGCUGUCUAUUUCAAGGGGAGCUGGAAGUCACAAUUCAGACCUGAAAAUACCAGAACUUUUUCCUUCACUAAAGAUGAUGAAAGUGAAGUCCAAAUUCCAAUGAUGUACCAACAAGGAGAAUUUUAUUAUGGGGAAUUUAGUGACGGCUCCAAUGAAGCUGGUGGCAUCUACCAAGUCCUGGAAAUACCAUACGAGGGAGAUGUGAUAAGUAUGAUGCUGGUAUUGUCCAGACAGGAAGUUCCACUGGCCACACUGGAGCCAUUGGUUAAAGCACAGCUGAUUGAAGAGUGGGCAAACUCUGUGAAGAAGCAAAAGGUGGAAGUGUACCUGCCCAGGUGA